AUGGCCGCCAACAACUACUACCAAUCUUCCUACGCGGAGCAAUCGUCGCAACAUUCCCAACCUCACAAAGAGCGACCACUCUCCCACAUCGCCCUCGCAUAUAAUCCUAAUCAAAGUCCUUCUACGCUUGAUCAGCCUCGCCUGCCCAAAGCCUCCAGCGCUAGACCAAUGUCUAAUUUCUACGAACCUCAUGACCCUUCGAGAUACUCGUUACACUCGGAUUCGAUACCGCUCAAGCACAAGUCGCAGAUACAUACUGGCCCAGAUGGGGACGAUUGGCGGAACCAACCGACGCAGUACCCUCCUUCACCCGAUUUACGCUCCCCACACCCGCAACUAUUGCCGGACUCGAAGGGAAGAAAGAAAAUGGAAGGCUCUUUCGGAAAUUACUUCAAGGGAAAGGUUCCAUGGGUGGUAUAUACCUUGAGUUUGAUACAGGUCACGGUGUUCAUUGUCGAGAUAAUCAAAAACUCGAUGAUUACGGGCUCACCCAUCAUGAUACAUCCACAAUUCAAUCCUAUGAUCGGCCCUUCCACCUACGUACAAAUCAACAUGGGCGCUCGAUUUGUCCCCUGUAUGCGCGUCACCCCAGGCGUGCAAGACAGUCCGGACCCUCCCACCUGGCCGUGUCCGAACACGACGACAUCGGAUCCAAAUUCACCGAGCAACCACUGCGAUCUCAAAGCCUUGUGUGGCUUUUCCGGGUUCAGCGACGAGCACCCGAACCAGUGGUUCCGGUUCAUCAUCCCCAUGUUCUUACAUGCCGGGCUCAUCCACAUCGCCUUCAACCUCCUUUUACAGCUUACCAUGGGUCGAGAGAUGGAAAAGGCCAUCGGCAGUAUUCGCUUCGCCAUCGUCUACUUCAGCUCGGGCAUUUUCGGGUUCGUCCUGGGCGGAAACUUUGCGGCCACGGCAAUCGCGUCCACGGGCGCAUCAGGCUGUCUCUUCGGCAUCCUGGCCCUGGUCCUCCUGGAUCUCAUCUAUGGGUGGAAUGAACGACGCCACCCAGUCAAAGAUCUGAUGUGGAUUAUUGUCGACAUCGUCAUCUCCUUCGUCCUGGGCCUGUUACCGGGCCUGGACAAUUUCUCCCACAUCGGGGGAUUUCUCAUGGGCCUCGCCUCCGGCAUCUGCCUGCUCCACUCACCCAACAUUCUCCGCCAACGUAUCGGGGAUUCAGCCACCACCAGUUCGCUGCUCAACAGAUCCUCAUACCGAAAUGUCGGCUCGGAAGCCGAACUCAGCAUCAACCCCAAGGAUCCCAUGCUGCCGGCAGCCGGAGGGUCGAGAACCAAAACCGCACCAACAACGACAGCCUCCCCAGCCAAUUUGUCCCACUUUGCCAAACAGCCCGUCGGCUUCUUCAAGGGCCGCAAACCCCUCUGGUGGGCGUGGUGGUUGUUCCGCCUGGGCGCCCUCAUCGGCGCGCUCGUCGUGUUUGUUAUCCUCUUGAACAACUUCUACAAGUACCAUGACACGUGCUCGUGGUGUAAAUACCUCAGUUGCUUACCGAUCAACAAUUGGUGCGAGAUUGGGAACUUGCAGCUGAGUAAUUCGACGGGCGUCAAUUCGACGGAUCUGGGGAGGAGGGCAGUUGAUUUGUUAUUGCCCCUGCCCCACGCGGCGGAUACGAGUACUAGGAGUCUCUUGGAUAUGUUGUAA